AUGACAUCCAUCCCCUCGCUCCCCACAACCCUCGCCCCCGCCCUGAGCGGCCGCGAAGCCAUCACCGACGCCCUGUAUCGCUUCGUCCUCGGGCUGGACAACAACGACCCCAACCUCUUCGACUCGGCCUUCACGCCGACCGCCACCUUCGCCGUCAACGGCAAGGUCUCCGAGGGCCUUCCCGCCAUCCACGCCGACUGCUUCGACCUGGUCGGCCACCUGGACACCUCGCACCUCAUCACCAACGUCCGCGUCCACAUCGCCGAGAGUGGCGGCACGGCCGCGGCGACGGCCUCGGUGCUCGCCCAGCACUUCCUCGGCGGGCAGGGGCUGGAGCCGGCCCAGCCGCGGCUCCUGGCCGGGGCGCAGUACUAUGCGGAGCUGGUGAAGGAGGAGGCGAGUGGGCUGUGGAAGAUUGCGGCCUUUCAGAUGAAGGCGUCCUGGGCGGAGGGCGAUUGGGGGGUGAUUCAUAAACAAUGA